UGUCUGUGUGUGUGCUCAUACAGAGUGAAAUGGCAGAAGCCAGUAUUUCAGUGGAUCAGGACCAGCUCAGCUGUUCAGUGUGUCUGGAUCUGAUGAAGGAUCCAGUGACCAUUUCCUGUGGACACACUUUCUGUAUGAGAUGCAUCUCAGGAUGCUGGGACGAGGAGGACUGGAAGAGAAUCUACAGCUGCCCUCAGUGCAGACAGACCUUCAGUCCAAGACCAGAUUUGUGUAAAUAUGUGGCGUUUGCCAAAACUGUGGAGAAACUGAAGAAGACGAGGCUCCAAGCUGCUGGAUCUGGAGAUGUUCAGUGCGACUCCUGCUCUGAAAUUAAACAGAGAGCAGUGAAAUCUUGUCUGGAGUGUCGUAUCUGUUUCUGUCAAAUUAAUCUUGAACAGCACGAGAAUCUCUUCAGAGGUCAAAAACACAAUCUGAUGGACACAACUGAACGCCUGCAGGAGCUGAUCUGGCCUCAACAUGAUGAACUACUGGACAUGUACUGCUGUACUGACCAGAGCUGUAUCUGUAUGAUGUGUUUGGUGGAGGAACACAACAAUCACGUCACUGUAUCAGCUGCAGCGGCGCGGACAGAGAAACAGCGUCAUCUGGAGAAGAAGCAGAGAGAGAUUAUCCAGCAGAAAGAGAAAGAGCUUCAGGAGCUGAGAACGGCUGUGGCGUCUCAUAAGCGCUCUGCACAGACAGCAGUGGAGGACAGUGAGAGGGUCUUCACUCAACUCAUCUGCUCCGUUGAGAAAUGUCACUCUGAGGUGAAGCAGCUGAUCAGAGAUCAGGAAAGAGCUGUAAUGAAUCAAGCUGAAGAGCAGCUGGAGAGACUGAAGGAGAUGAUUGAGCUUUCAGAAACACCGGAUCAUGUUCAUUUCCUCCAGAGUGUGCCAUCUGUCUUUCAGUGUCUUUCUGGAUCUACAGAAGGCUUCACUGUCAGUUCUCAUCAGACUUUUGAUGCUGUAGUGAACUUAGUCUCUCAGCUCAGAGACAACCUGCAGUUCUGCAAAGAAGAGAGCGAAGAGAUAACUAAACCAGAUAAACAGAAUCUUUCUCAUAAAUCAGUUUAGCAGCUUUCAUUAACUAUAAGGUAGUUUAAAGUUGUAGUUUUAUUUGAUUUUCUUUUAAUGUGAGAUUCAGAUGUUUUGGUGUCUGUAGUGAAAAGCUCCCGCUCCUGAAUAUCACACCAGAAAGCGUUCCUACAGUGUAAGUUACUGUGAGUAAUUAACACAUACUGUAUGUGAAAUACUGUCUCAUGGGAGAGUUUGUUUUUCAUGAAUUAAAUAAUAGUUGCAUCUGUAACAAUGAAAAACUGCAUCAGUGAUGUCACUUUACAGUAUUGGAAAAACAAAUUGGGACUUUAAUAAGUUUUGUGCGUACAGAUAUUUUGCAACAGCAUUUUGAAUUCUUGUUGUUGUGAUUCAUCUAUAUUCAUGUCUUGUGCUACAGGAAACAUGCAUCAUAUACAGUAGUUUAGACACAGAUACGGGAGAUAUUUUGAACAGUAUAUGUGCGCAUGUCAUUCAGAUGGAGAAUGCAUUUAUUUUAACAAAUGCUAUUCAUUUUGAUAGAACAUAUGUGGAUUGAAAUGAAAUUUAGGUUUCAUAUUUCACACUUCUAACACACGUAAUCUUAUUUUAACAGUUACAAGUAACUGAAAAAGGUUUAGCCUUUAGCAGACAGAAAACAAUAAAUCAGUGACACGUCACUAUGUUCACAGGAGGUAAAUACUGCUACCUGUUAAAUCAUUAGUUUAUACUUUAUUUUUCACACAGUAUUUAGCAUAGACUUGAAUGA